UAUUAUUAUUAAUUCGCGAUAGUUGAAAAGCAAGCACGAAAAUCCGGAAACAGAUGUUGUAGCCGUAUCAACUUCCUUUUCUCUUGUUUUGUAUUCCAACACAGAUCACCAAAGAUGGCGAUCAGACCAGUCAUUAAGGCUAAUAUUGUCAAGAAAAGAAACAAGAAGUUUAUUCGCCAUCAGUCAGACAGAUAUGGGAAAGUUAAGCCAAACUGGCGUAAACCUAAAGGUAUUGACAACAGAGUUAGAAGGAGGUUCAAGGGUCAAUACAAGAUGCCAAACAUUGGUUAUGGUACCUGGAAAAAAUGCAAACACAUCUGCCCUGAUGGUUUCAAGAGAUUUCUGGUCCACAAUGUUAGGGAGUUGGAAGUAUUGCUAAUGCAGAACCGUACAUUUGCAGCUGAAAUUGCACACAAUGUUUCAAGCAAAAAACGCAAAGAUAUUGUAGAACGUGCUCAGCAGUUAGCCAUUAAAGUGACAAAUCCCAAUGCUCGCCUCCGCUCUAAGGAAGACGAGUAAACUAUUCUGUUUCAUUAAAAAAAAAUAAAGGUUUUAAAAAUAA